AUGGCUAAGGUUAUCACGCGCCAAGGCGCGCGUUGCAAAGAGAUCUACAAAAAGCCUCCUUCAACAACCCUGGUGGAACGAGGACUGUACGAAAGCCGCUCACGAUCACAGGACCACCAAGACUCCUAUAUCCAAAUGCUCUCUCCGAAAGACAGUCCGGAAAGCAAAACACAUCUUCUAUAUUAUGAAAGCAUAUAUCGAACCCUACCUCUAACAGAUCCAUCAAAACAAAUCAUUGCAAACACUAUCGAAGAGAAAAGGAAAACCUUCGCCAACUACCUACUGACAAACCUAGCUGAGAUUGAUGACAUCCCGUUCGAUACCCCUACAGCCUCAAGCAGAUCUAUCACCUUCCCUGAUAUAGCUAUACAAGAUAUAGAGCUAACUAUUUUAAAAUCAGGGAACACAGCACCUGACACAAACGAAAUCCCAACAAAAAUCCUACAAAUCGUAUAA